UCAGCAGCACUCAUCCACCACCCACAAACCGCACCAACACGCACGCACACAUGCCCUCGCUCCUCCUCUUCACCGGGCUCCCGCUCGACGUGCGCGACCCCGAGCUGAACGAGCUGCUCGUCGCCGACCCCUUGCGCCUCGUGCCGUCCAGCGUCAUCGUGACGGCGCUGCACAACGCCGCGGGCCAGUUCCUCGGCACGUUCCUCGUCGAGGUCGGGUCCGAGGCUGAUGCCGAGCGCGUGCGGCGGCAGUACGGCGGGCAGAUCAUCGACGGGUCGCACACGAUUGCCGUCCAGCACGUCCUCAAGCCGACCCAGCCGCAUCCUACCGCCGCGAUCCCCGCCCCGGGCCAGCAGCAGCAGCAACAACAGCAGCAGGGACAGAAGAAGCAGCCCCAGCAGCAGCAGCAGGCCGCACAGGCACAGGGCAAGGCGCCUGGCCUGAGACUCCUCCAGCGGCUCAACAAGGGCGCGGCGCAGGCCGGCGCGGCGCCGUCGCGCGCCGAGAGCCAGAAGCAGAAGCUGCUGCUGGAGAAGCAGCGCGCCGCAGUGAGCAAGGGCAAGAAGGGCGCCGCGAACCCCGGCGACGCGCUCCUCUCCCGCCUGGCGAAGGGCAAGGCCGCCGCGCCGGCACAGACAAAGGCAGGCAACAAGAAGGGAGCUGCUGGCGCGCAGCCCAAGGCCACGGCGGCCGCGACGGCGCGCAAGGCGGCCAAGAAGAAGGGCGCUGGCGGCGGCGCCGACAAGGUCGCGCGCGCCAAGGCGGCCGCGAGCGACCGCAUGGACGUCGACGCCGCUGCGAAGGCCAACAAGGCAAAGCCCGAAAAGCCCAAGCCCAAGACCCAGGCCGACCUCGACGAGGAGAUGAAGGCGUACGAGCGCCAGCGCAAGUUUGCGACCGCAUAG